CUGCCCGCCCCGCCGCGUCCUGCCGGCUGCCCGGGGUCCCAGAUCUGGCAGGCUGGGAGCCCCGAACCCCGCGGGCGGGGAGCGGGGAGCCGGGAGCGGAUCCCAGAGGCUCGCGCAACACACCUGCCCGCACAGGUGAGGCCAGGGCGCGGGGCGGGGCGGGGCGGGAUGGGCAGCCAGCCCGAGACGCAGGGAUCUCGCGGGGAGGACUGUUGUGAAGUCUGGACGACCCUGAACCUUUUGCCUGGACUCACUUGGAGGGGACCCCAGCACCUACCUGCCCAAGGGACCUCUCCUCUCCAGACUUUGCCCACAACCAGGUGUCGGGGUACCCCUUCAUCCUGGACGGCAGAGCAAUGGCCCUUUGGAAGUGACCCAGGCCAGAAGGCAUGCGGGCCUUUGGGUUCCCAGCCGAGGGGCUCCCCCAGGGGUUGGUGGCCUCCCGCAUUGAGACCUAUGGGGGGCGGCACCGGGGCCAGAGCCCAGCUGGCCGUCUCUCCCCCUCAGGAGGCCGGGCCCAGAGCUCCCCUGCUCCUCCAGCAGGACCCCAGUCACCCUGGCCUCUUCCAGAACUUUACCAAAGGUGUGGCCCAGGCCCGAGGCCUGUCUCCCCUGAGGCUUCAGGAGUCGGAGCCUGACAAGAGGCAUGGCAACUAUUUGGGGGGACCCCUACCUCACUCCCCCAAACUCAAGGAGGUUCCCAAGGCCCACGACAUGGAGGUGAGGCUGCACACCUUCAGCAUGUUCGGGAUGCCCCGCCUGCCCCCUGAAGAACGGCGGCGCUGGGAGAUUGGGGAGGGCGGCGACAUUGGGCUGAGCAUCGAGAAAUCCUGGAGGGAGCUGGUGCCCGGGCACAAGGACAUGAGUCGGGAUGACUGCCACCAGCAGGAAGCGCUGUGGGAGUUGCUGACCACAGAGCUCAUCUACGUGCGAAAGCUCAAGAUCAUGACUGAUCUCCUGGCAGCCGGCUUGCUGAACCUGCAGAGAGUGAACCUGCUGACAGAAGUGUCAGUCGAGACCCUUUUUGGAACUGUCCCCAGUUUGAUUCGUGCCCACCGCAGCUUCUGGGAUGAGGUGCUGGGUCCCACCCUGGAGAAGACACGAGCCUCAGGCCAGCCUCUGGACCCCCUUGUUCUGCAUGAUGGCUUUCUGACGUUCAGCCAGCGCUUCCAGCCCUACACUGAAUACUGCCUGCGAGUGAAGCGGACCAUGGCGUAUGCCCGGGACCAGCAGGACAGGAACCCUCUCUUCCACAGCUUCGUGCAGUGGUGUGAGAAGCACAAGCGCUCUGGGCGGCAGAUGCUAGGGGACCUGCUCAUCAAGCCACACCAGCGCAUCACCAAGUACCCGCUGCUGCUGCGGGCCGUGCUCAAGAGGACGUCCGGGGGGCGUGCUCGGGACGCCCUGGCCUCCAUGAUUGCAGCCGUGGAGUCCUUCCUGCAGCACAUCAACAAGCAGGUCCGCCAGGGCGAAGAACAGGAGAGCUUGGUGGCAGCGGCCCAGCGCCUGGGGCCAUACGAGGUCCUGGAGCCCACCAGUGAGGAGGUGGAGAAGAGCCUGCGCCCCUUCUGCAACCUGGACCUGAUGAGCCCCAUGGUGGGGGUGUCGCCAGAGCACACCAGACAGCUGCUGCUGGAGGGGCCCGUGCGAGUGAAGGAGGGUCGGGAAGGGAAGCUGGACGUGUACCUGUUCCUCUUCUCCGAUGUGCUGCUGGUGACCAAGCCCCAGCGCAAGGCCGACAAGGCCAACAAAGCCAAGGUCAUCCGCCCACCCCUCAUGCUGGAGAAGCUGGUGUGCCGGCCACUCCGAGACCCCAGCAGCUUCCUGGUGAUCCACCUCAGCGACCUGCAGUGCCUGUCCACCGCGCUCUCCAUACACUGUCCCAGUGCCGCUGACCGCACACGCUGGCUGGACAAGACACAGCAGGCCCAGGUGGCCCUGCAGAAGCUGAAGGAGAAGGAGUACACAGAGCAGAAGAGGAAGCUCCUGGCCCUCUACCGAGACCAGGAUUCCUCAUCCACCAGGCCCUCCACACCCAUCCAGGAGGGCUCUCAGAACAACACAGAAGAGAGGACUGCUGAGUUCUCCACCAUUGUCCCCCAGCUGGUGGUGACGGAAGACACGGAUGAGGACACCCCUUCAGGGCAGGAGGACACCUUGGACUCUGGCUAUGGGACCCUGAUCCCGGACUCCUCCCCCAAGGGCUCACCCUCCCUACUCAGCCGACUCCGCCCACGAGCUCUGCGCAGGGACCCCCGCCUCACCCUGUCCACCCUGGACCUCCGAGACAUACCUCUACACCCCCAGCCCCUUGACCCCCAAGCGUCCCAACGCCGAAGUGCCCCAGAACUGCCAGAAGAAACUCUGCGGAGGGGAGGCAGUUUGCCCAGAGGGUGCCCACCCCCCUGGUGUGAGGGGGAAGUCGGGGCUCCAGAGGGAGGGAACGUGGUAGCAGAGACUCUGCGCAGAGCGCUGCUGAGGGGGCAGCCCCCCUGCUCCCCAACACACACAGACUCAGCUGGGGAAAGCCCCUGGGAGACCUCAGAGGAGGAAGAGGAGGAGGAGUGGCCAGUCUUCCCAGAACCUGCCCAGGUCCCCUCCCCUCAGCCAGUGGAGGCUGAAGGCACACUCAGGGACAGCAUGCUCAGGGAGGACGUACUCAGGGAGGACAGACUCAGAGAGAUCCGGGAGGAGCUGGCCAGCCAGAGGAUCGAAGGAGCCCCCGAUCCUAAGCCCAGCCGGCCACGCAGGCUGACACGGGCCCAGCUGGCCAGAAUGCGUGGGCUCCAUGUCAUCCAGCUAGACACCCCCGUGUCCACAUCGGAGGCAUGAGGAACAGCAAGGGCCUACGGCACAGGACACCCCCCCCCCAAGAGUGCUGGUCACCACCUGCCCCUCUGGACUCUACCUCAAGGACCACAGUUCCCACUGUUCUGAGGACUUAGGGGAUCAAGAAAUGUACAUUUCUCCACCGAAGCCCCACAUAAAGUCAUGUGCAUAAAAAUGGAGACCCAGUCUGCUGGGGGUUGGGUGUCACAGAGACUGUCAGUUGGCCUCCUGCCCCACCCAACCAUAAGAACUGGUCUCUGCCCCCCCCACACACACCCCAAAAGACACUACUUGGUCCCUGGAAGACCCCAGAAGAGCAAGAGAAGUGGCCAGUCUUCCCGGAACUUGUCCAGAUCCCCUCCCCAAAGGACAAGGGACUCGUGGCUCCUGAGCAGAGUUUUCAUUUCAGA